GGCUGCCGGUAUGGCUGCCAUGGAGAGUUCUUAAUGAGCUCAUCUACCACCCGGGAGUGUGUCGAGUGUUACUGAGGCCAAUUUGGUCAUUAGAAGAGGCCUGCAAAAAUGUCUUUAUCCUUUUCCAAAGGCAUGUGGACUUGUGACCCUGCGGUGCGGAGGAGCCCUCACCCCCAAGGAAGGAACUAGAUCUGAUCUUUCCACCCCCUCUGCUUUUUUGCUCUCUGCAUCAUGGAAGAGUGCAAUCAUCAAUCAAAGCAUAACUACCAACAUCGACAACUACCUUUGUCCUACCACCAUCCCCUCUAAUCGCCCCUUCUCUUGCUUCGGGAAAGCUGGUUCUGUACUCCAUACCUAUUAGCUUCACACUGUUCUGUACCCUUCCCAUGAUUUCCUCUCCUUCCAGGAUAAUCCACAGCUGCACUGCAGAUGAUCUCGGAUAUGGGCAUCAAAGCGUUCAUGAUCUCCUUCAUCACCACCUCAUUCCUCCUCUCUCUCCUGCUUCUCCCAGCGUUCCUCGGCAAAUCUAUCUCUCCCUUCCACCUAUCCGACCACCUGCGGCGGCCUCCCCAGCCGAAACCGUAUCCCGUCACCUUCGCCUACCUCAUCUCCGCCUCUACCGGCGACGUCGACCGGCUAAAGCGCCUCCUCACCGCGAUCUACCACCCCGGCAACUGCUACCUUCUCCACCUCGACGUCGAGGCCUCGCCAUCAGAGCACGCCCGGCUGUCCGACUUCGUCUCCAAGCACAAGACCUUCGCGCGAUUCCGCAAUGUCUGGCUCGUCGGCAAGUCGAACUUGGUCACCUACAGAGGACCCACGAUGCUGUCCACCACUCUCCACGCCAUGGCCGUCCUGCUCAGGAUCCGUCAGUGGGAUUGGUUCAUCAAUCUCAGUGCCUCCGACUACCCAUUGAUCACGCAAGAUGAGAUCUCAACUUCGUACAGUACACCAGCCACUUGGGUUGGAAGAUGUAAGAUGUCGACUUCAUCUUUCCCGUGUAUGAUUGAAGCAAUGAUGCAUGUAACUAUCACUCUCUCUCUCUCUCUCUCUCUCUCUCUCUUUUCUUCCUGUAGAAAGAAGAGGGCGAAGCCUAUAAUCAUAGACCCUGCGCUUUACAGCCGCAACAAGUCAGAGGUGAUCUGGUCUGCGAACCAGAGGGGCCUUCCCACUGCUUUCAAGCUUUACACAGGCUCAGCUUGGACUAUACUCUCCAGAUCUUUUGCAGAGUACUGUAUUCUUGGCUGGGACAACCUGCCAAGAACCCUCCUCCUCUACUACACCAACUUCAUCUCCUCACCGGAGGGCUAUUUCCAGACCGUGAUAUGCAACUCCAAGGAUCACCAGAACACCACGGUGAACCAUGAUCUCCACUACAUCACGUGGGACAAUCCACCCAAGCAACAUCCCUUGACUCUAGGACUCAAGGACUACAGAAGAAUGAUCCUGAGCAGUGUCCCCUUUGCGAGGAAGUUCAAGAAGAACGAUCCGGUCCUCGACAAGAUCGAUCGCGAGCUACUCCGACGCCGGAACGGGCAGUUUGCUCAUGGCGGCUGGUGCUGGAAUGGCAAGAGAGGUGGUUCCUCAGGAGGCAAUGCGAGAGGAAACUUGGGUGUUCUCAGGCCAGGGGCAGGCUCAAGGAGACUAAGAGCUCUGCUAACAAAGAUGCUCUCCCCAAGAAACUUCAGGAGAAGGCAGUGCAGGUGAGCUGCUCAGAUGAAAUCUACAUUUUUUUUUAGGUUGAGGAGAUUUUGAGAGGAAUAAAGUUGAAAGGUUCCCAUGGGAUGGAACAGCAUCAUCAACAAUGUAAUUCUUACGACUUACUUGGAUGCACAGAGUAUCUAAGUUAACACAAAAAUUGGUUUGCUUA